CUGAAAACGUUGCUGUGCUCCAGCAGAGAGGAGCAGGGAAGUCUGAAGCCAGCUGCAGGGAUCUCUGGAGCCUGGAGGCCACCUUAGCCCCGUGUAGAAGAAGAGCUACCAUGUGCACGGGGAAGUGUUCAAAGUGCAUUGGGAUCACCCUGUUCCCUCUGGCAGUAUGUGCCAUUGUCUCCAACAUCCUCCUGUACUUCCCCAAUGGACAAGUUCUGCAGGUCAGCGAGAUAACUGAUCUGGUCUGGUUUUUCCAUGGCAUUCUGGGAGCUGGGAUACUGGUUAUUUUGCCAGCAUCCAUGAUGCUGGGAGCAGGCGGAGUAGGACGUUGUGCCAACAGAUGUGGGAUGCUGCUGUCAGUGGCCUUGGCUGUGCUGGGAUUCGCUGGGGGAGCAUAUUGUGCAGUCAUCUCCUCACUGGGGCUGUUCUGGGGCCCUCUGUGUGACACAGGUGAUGGAGAAUACCUCUACCCUUUCAGGAACAACACUCUGGAAGAAAACUAUUUGUUCAACCAGACAACAUGGACCAUUUGCAAAGAGCCUGAAAACAUAAUCCUUUGGAAUACCACCCUUUCCUCUAUUCUCCUGGCCAUUGGUGUGAUUGAAGCUAUUCUUUGUUGUAUUCAAGUCAUCAACGGACUUAUUGGCUUCAUAUGUGGCACAUGUAUGAGGAAAAGAAAGGCAAAUAUUUCUGGAAUGUGAAUGACCACCAGGGAAUGCCAGGACGAGCCCCGAGCUGCCGAUUCACAUCCAAUAAAGACAGUGGCCUGUGCUGCUUUUAUGGGAGGAUGACCAAGAGAACCCAAAAUGUUCAGAAGUUUCAUGGGGAAAAACGAAGUUUUUUACAAAGAAGUCAGGGUGGCAAAGGGCUAGAUCUUUUAGAUUGGAGACUCCAAAUGUUCAUCCUUCUAAACUUACCUGCUACAUCUCAGGUGCUGGUGAAACCAUUGAUCUGUCUGGUCCUGACUGGGGUACUUGUGCAUAAAACACAACAGUCCUCAGACCAAAGCUCAUCACUUGCUCUUCCUUGUGUAUGUGGGAAACUGAGCUGUUACUAAUGUACACAUUAACCAGAUGCACAAAUCUGGAGCUCUCAGGCUGGUUGUAAAUUACCUCCCAUCUCCUCCCAAAUCACCCCCCAUGAGCUCACCAAUCUGUUCUUAUUAACUUGCUCAUUGGGCACUCCCAGAUUUCCAUUAGGAUGCACAGAGAAAACACUGAGGAGUGUCUGCAGCACCACUGGGGCAACUCAAGCACAUGGUUUUCAGCCUCCUUCAGCCACCCUGGAGCCAAAGCCCCUUGUACCUAUUCAGUGGUGUGCUGUCAUAUCUGACAGUGUCCAGUGCACCUCUACAUCAGUUCUUCAGGCGUAUCUGAGAGAUGUGGUAGCCCUGGAGGGGCAUUUGGGUCAAAAUAGACAGUAGGGUUUGGAGCAAGAGUUUUGUCCAGUUUAACAAAAAGCAGGAGAACCUCAGCACCAGUUUUGCCCUCAUGAGACUGCAUAGGAGUCUCACUAAUUUCCACACAGGGCUGUUCUAGAAUUGAUCACACAGACUAAGCACAUAACUGGUAAAGAUAAAUAUUAAAUUGAUUGUGUGCAGCUUAGUAAAAAAUAAGAGAUAUAAUCUGAAACGCAACAAAUUGCAUCAGUCUUAGUGUUACAGCAACAGCAAUCCCAACCAGGAACUGCGUAAUUCCCUAUUGUCACUCCAGCUCAAGUCCUUGAUGUUAAAGUCCAUGACUGGCAAAUUUCAGAAACCUCAUCAUUUUAGUGUCUUCCUCAAAGAUUAAUUCCUUGACAUGCCACUGGCUUCUCUGAGUCAGCCAAAACAUAAUUUUUAUCCACCCUCAACACGUGUAUGAAGUUUAAGCACUAGGAGUCCAUUUCUCAGUCAAAAGUUGUUUAUACUUCUGCAGUGUAGCACAAAAACAAGUUAUUUGAGCAUAGUUAUUGCAGACACAAGUGGCUGUUUGUGCUGUUCUCUAAUGCAAUACACAAAAUGCUUUGUAUGAAAGUCCCCUUUACACAAAGUGGGGAAGAAAAUGUCAGUUUUGCUAAGAUAAGGAACACGUACACUUCCUUGGAACACAGUUUUACCUCAGAAGCAGAAAAGUUGACCCGUAAAUCUUAAAAGUACCUUCUGUUAAAAAAAAAUAAAAUUAAAAAGGCAGAAGACUUUUUGAAGUUUGCAAUCAUGACUAGGUGCAUCCAAACCUGCCAGGUGGCUUUAAAAGCUCAUGUUUGUUGUUGGCAGUGAAACCUGGACAGUGUUACCAUAUAAAGCAGACAUCAAAAUAAAGCCAACCAUUUCAACCAGGAAAAGAGUCAAGAAGGCAGCAAGAAAUAAAGGUAUUUAGCAUGUAGACAACUGAGAGAGAUUCCUUCAUCAGCAGAGGGGCUCUGUGAGCUCUUCAUAGUCCCUAAAUAUGAGCCCUGCCCUCAGCCUUUAGUUUUGCCUCCCUGACUCUCACCUCUAUGGUAAAGCCAGUUUGGAUUGUGGCAGCACCAGGGAGGAGUGCCCACUUGCACACAUCUCCCACAGCACAGAAAAAUAAAUGCAUGGCACUACUGCCAUCUCCUCGUUCCAAGCUGUCCUGCCCUGGGGAUGUUUAGUGUCAUGUCUAUGUGCUUGUAGGGACACUGUCCAUCCUGUCAACUGUGCAAUCACUGGACUCACUGAUAUAUGUAAAUAUUAAAUAUUGUUAUCUUG